AUGAAUAACUUACUAUAUUGUGACUAUUGUGCGAACCCAUUUGAUUAAGAAUAUAGAAUACCUUCAAUCUUACAUCAAUGUGGCUGCACAUUCUGCAAACCAUGCAUAAAAGAUAUGAUUGAGAUACAGAAUGUAGCUGGAUGCCCCAAUGAUAAUGAAAUGAUAAGCGAAAAAUCUGCUGAUGACUGUAGAAGAAACUAGAAAAUACUGAAUUUUAUUAAUUCUGAUGAUGCAGUUCCACUUCUUUUUGGAAGUUUCGAGAGUAUACCAUGUCCUAAGCAUCCACAAAAACUAAUUGAGUAUUUUUGCAAGACCUGUAGUUAGUCAGUUUGCGUCAAAUGCAUUUACGAUGAUCAUAAUGGUCAUUAGCUUAUGCAGAUUGAAGAAAUGUCAAAUUCACUAAAGCAAAACGUCAUUGACCUGAGGAAAAUGAUUGAUAAUACAAAGAGGCUCAUUGAGGAGAACUCAAAGCUGAUUGAGCAAGUAAAGGAAGAAUUGGAAAGAUUAAUGGAAUAAUAAUUGAAUAAUAUCCAUGAGGGAUUUAGUGAACUCCAAAGAAAGCUCGAAGAAAAAAAACAUGAAAUUAUAUUUGAAUUUGAAAAGAAAUAUAAGAAGGAGGAGUAGAGAUUUUUAAGUAAAUAAAAUUUGAUACAUUCUAAUGCUGACGAGCUAGAAAAUAUUGAAAAAAUUUUCGAGGAGCUGGUAUAGUUUAUUGAAAUCAGCAAUGACGCAUAAAUACUUCAGAAGAUCUCUGAUGUGACUACAUUCUUGCAUAAGUCUUUUACUGACUUAGAUAUAAUCACUAAGAAUCAAGUAACUUAGAAAGGAGAAAUUUAUAUUGAUCAAAACUUCAAGCCUUUAUCCUUGAAUCAGAUCAAGCUGUUUGGAAUGAUGGAUACUGACAAUAAAUUAGGUUUGUAUGGUCCGAGAGCUGGAUCAGUAUUGUCGAACAGAGGCUAAUCUAGAGGUGCUGGUAGCAAUUAAGAGGAGGAAUCUUUUGUUAAUGAUGAAAAUACCAAUGCAAAUAAGAAACUUAGCAUUAAUAAUACAAGCAAAUCACAAAGCACAUUAUUACCAAGGUCAAUGAUGGGUACUGUUGCUGCUGGCGGGCCUAAAAAUUCAAAAUUACCACCAGUGAGUGGAGGUGCUAAUAUGAGACCAAGAAAUUUAAAGACAGCUGGUGGUGGACCAGCAAGUGCAAUGAAAAGCAGGAAUACUAACAAUCAAAGUCUUAUUGAAGAUCAAGUACCAACUGUAAGAGGCACAGGGGGUUAUAAUAACAAUAGACCAACUACGACAAAUAAUCUUGCUUCACCAGAAAAAGUAAAAUUCAAUGUAGCUAACUAAUCAAUGAAUCAACAAACAAAUAAAGAGUCAGUGUCCGAGUAAUCUGAUACUUAACAAAUAAUCAUCGAUGAAACCCAUGAUUAAAAUAAAAUUUACUGUUUCGGGGAUAGCUAAGGCAUUCUCCAAUUCUCUAUUGGCACAAUGCAAUGGUGGGUUGUAAACUUUGAUAAUAACUCUACCUAUGAUGGAACCCUUAAGUAUAUGAGCUCAUGCUCAACAGUUGAUAAGAAAAUAUAUUUAAGUGGGGGAUGCUUCACGACUAAUGCCUAUCCGAGUUCACUUUGUUUUGAAAUAAACAUAAAAGUAUUGUCAAAACCAGUAAAGAAAAAGAAUAUGCUUUUGAAAAGAUAUGGCCACUGCACUGUCUUCAUGAACGGUUAUAUGUAUGCCAUUGGUGGAUUCAGUCAUAAGGAUAUUCCAAAUGAGUAGCCUGUCACUUUAGCAUCUUGUGAAAAGUUUUCUGUACUAGAGAAUGUUUGGUCUUAUGUAAGUACUAUGAACGAAUCUAGAUCCUUUGCCUCAGUCGUAGGACUAGAGAACUAAUUCAUCUAUGCUUUUGGUGGUCUUCAUGAUUUCAAUGUGCUCUAGACUAUUGAAAAAUAUGACACUAUAACUGAUGCCUGGGUUUAACUCUACUUCAAGCUGCCAGUACCUUUGGCUAAGCUAGGAGCUGUAGUUAUAGAUAAUAGAAGUGUGCUUAUCUGUGGAGGUAUGUCCUCAGAUUAUGAGCCGCAGAAGGCUUGUCAUUUAUUAGAUCUUUAGAAUAUAAAAUGGACAAAAAAGAAAAACAUGAAUGUGUCUAAGUUAGUUGCUAAUGGUUUAUUCUAUUCAGGCGGAUAUGUGUUUGCAAUUGGUGGUAAUGGUGAAGGAGCUUGUGAAAGAUAUAAUAUUGAUAAGGAUACUUGGCAAAAGAUACCAUCCUUCGCAGGGAAAAUAUCAGGUGAAAACUCCCUAUACACCUAUACGUCUUGUAUGAUAAAAUGA